GCCGGGGAGCCGGGAGCGAGACCUAAUGGCGGCGCUGACGCCGGAGGGCCGUGGGGACGCCUCCUCGGCAGCCCUGGACGAGCUGUCCCGGAACUUCACGUACUGGGCGCCGGGCGCGGGCAAUGGCUCGCUGUCCGGUGCGUGGUACCGCAGGAACCAGGUUCACCUUUUUGGAGUUUUGCUAGCCAUUUUAGGAAACUUAGUAAUCAGCAUCUCCCUUAAUAUUCAGAAAUAUUCCCAUCUUCAGUUGGCACACCAAGAACACCCAAGACCAUACUUCAAGAGCAUGUUAUGGUGGAGUGGGGUCAUCCUGAUGGCUGUGGGGGAGACAGGAAACUUUGCAGCCUAUGGAUUUGCCCCUAUUACACUCAUCGCCCCGUUAGGCUGUAUGUCUGUUACAGGUAGUGCCAUAAUUUCUGUUAUGUUUCUGAAAGAAAAUUUGAGAGCCUCAGAUCUACUGGGUACGACAUUGGCAUUUGCAGGAACAUAUUUAUUGGUGAACUUUGCUCCGAAUAUAACUCAGACCAUCUCUGCAAGAACGGUGCAGUAUUACUUUGUUGGCUGGCAGUUCCUGGUCUAUGUGAUUUUGGAAAUAAUAAUUUUCUGCAUUCUCCUAUACUUUCUUAAAAGAAAAGGAAUGAAGCACAUUCUGAUUCUGCUGACCCUGGUGGCACUUCUAGCCUCAUUGACUGUUAUUUCAGUAAAAGCCGUUUCAGGCAUGAUCACUUUUUCUGUGAUGGAUAAAAUGCAACUAACCUAUCCCAUCUUCUAUAUCAUGUUUAUCAUCAUGGUAGCAUCUUGUGUUUUCCAAGUCAAGUUCCUGAAUCAAGCCACAAAACUCUACAAUACAACGAUGGUGGUGCCAGUUAACCAUAUUUUCUUUACAAUCAGUGCUAUUAUUGCAGGUAUCAUAUUUUAUCAGGAAUUCCUUGGUGCAGCUUUUCUCACUAUAUUCAUUUAUCUUUUUGGGUGUUUUCUGUCAUUCCUUGGUGUGCUGUUGGUCACAAGAAACCGAGAAAAGGAGCAUCUGCCACAGUCUUACAUUGAUUUUGGAAAUAUCCCUGGAAAACAAAUGUUGGACAAAAUACAACCAGACUCGAAUGGUUUGUCCUAUGGAACUUUGCCCGAUGGAAGCGACUCAACAAAGAGCCAAAGUGGAGAGAAGAAAGAAGCCUGAAAUGCCAGGGGACGGCUGUCAGCCUGUUACUUGAUACCACCUUUUUAAAAAGGCACACAUGUUCCAUUUGUGUCAGCAGCCAUUUGAGGCAGACAUAUGCUAGCAUCGCUUCCACCCUGACCCCACCUCCAUGUCUGUACCAGUGAGGCCUGCUGAAGCUUGACAGUCACGUGCUCCAUGGACUGCAACUGGACGUGCUCCCCAUACCCUGGGCCUCUCCCUGGUGGAUGCUGAACUGCCUAGAUCUUAUUUGGAGCCUGGCUACCCAAGCAGGCAAGUGGUACACCCCAGAAAUGGGCAUCUGCAAGCCGCCUGCAGAGCACAUCUGCUGCUUCUCCCACAGAGCUCGGUAUGUCAGCUGCCUGCUUGUCAAGAGAUGUUUUGUCCCAUGGUCUCACUCUUGAACCAAAAGUGCAAGAGUGUUUUUCCCAAGAGAUCAUUGAUGAACCUCUCCAAAAGAAUCCCAGCUUUCUACUCCUAAAUUAGCAUGGGGAAUCAGCUUUUUUGAAAACUAGCCUUCUUAUAAAUAGCCUUUGAAAAGUAAGACUGUCUUUGAAAUCAUGGCAUAGACCAAAUAAAACACCUCAGCUGGCAGACUUUCAGCUUAAGAAAAACUGAGGAACUAGGAUCAAUUUUUUUUACAUAAAAUAUAGACUAGUAUAUUUGCUUCAGUUAAAUAGAGUCUGUGACACUUGAAUUGGAAGGGAAAACUUUCUAUCCUAGGCCUUUGUUUAGAUCUUAAAAUGUUUCAGGUGGGUUUAUGUUUUGAUUCUCAACAUGUCCCAAAAAUCAUAUGUAAAUCCAUAUUGACAUUUCCACUAAUACACCAUUUCUCCCCUAAGUCAUUAUCUCAGGCUUAUCUCAGGCUUUAUAACUUUUUCUAGGUAUAAAGACAGUUACAAUUGGAGAACUAGAUUUUAGCCACUUUCAUAAGUCUGUAGACACAGCUCACAAGUCAGGUGGUUCAACCUGCAUCUUGAGAAGCAGCAGCCAGGUGGUCUUGUGCCUUGUGUGGCUUUUCUGCUGCAAAUAGUCACAUAACUACUAAGAUACACUUGCAGGUAGAGUGCCUAGUUUUCCUGCCUAGUCACUUCUUAUGACCUACAUAGUACUUAAAUGAAAAAAAUAGCUAGCCUUCAUUAUAACCAACACCAAAUAAUGCCUGAGUGACACUUCAGAACCUUCAGAUGUGUUCUAACACGUCAGUCUAAUCUCAAGCCAACCAGUGAACUCACAUUUAUGUAGGUUGUUUAACACAGGAUGAGACUGUAGUAUUUUAGCUUCAGUCUUCACCUUUGUCAUACCCUAUACUCCUCACUAGACUGCCCAAACCUGGUGAAAAAAGGCAAGAUUUAAGUCAUCACCAAUGGAUGAAUAAUCACCUAGAGCCCAAUGCUUUUGAACUCCUAGUUAUUGUCAUUGUGGAAAGUGUCAUAUUAAUUCAAAUAACAAGGCGUAUAAUUUAUGGCAUGUUUUACUGAAUCGAUCCAGCAUGUUGUUUCCAGCAUGGAAAACUCAGCUAAGAAAAGUGUCUUAAACUACAGCUUUCUGGUGACUCUUAAAACUGGUUUCAAAGAUUAGGGACAUACUUAGACUGAAGUAUUUUGCUUGAAGUAGAACUGCAUUUAUAGCUUACAGCCCAUGGUUUGGAGCAUUGUUGAGUUUUGCACAGACACAGAAUAAAGCUGUGGUUGCCAGUAUUUGUAUCUUAUAGAUGUUUGGAGAAACAGCAUUGAUUUAUGAACAUCUAAGUAAUCCAGCAAUACUUUAGGAGUCCAGGUAACACAUACAAUGUAUUCAGGAAGACUUUUUUAAUUACACAAUGCAUGACAACAACAAAAGCCAGUCCAUUCCUUCUCUUGGCAUCACUGGUUGGAGACCUCUAGCCAACAUUUGACUCACCUAAUUACCUAGGCCAGGGGUCUGCAAACCUUUCCCAUAAAGACCCAAAGUAAAUGUUUUAGGGCUUGUGGGCCAUACAAUCUCUGUUACAACUUCUCAGCUUUGCAUGAAACAGCCAUAGAUGAUAUAGAAAUGAGUGAGCAUGGCUGUGCCCCAGUAAAAUUUUUUUUUUUUU